GGCAAUCAAGAAUACAAUAGCAGGAUUUCCAAGACCACUGCGAAAUCUAAGCAGUGAAGCAUUUGCAACAGUUAUGAACGAUGCAUUUGGACAUCCACUAGAACCACCUUUCAAUCCUUACGCUAAUGACAUUAAUUAUCUUCUUGUUUCGUAUGUUAUUCCUUAUAUUGGACUCACUGGAUAUGUUGGAGCCAAUCCUAAACUCCACAGCCCUACAGCCAAAACGCUACUAGCAGGGCUACUGGGAGUAGAAUCAGGUCAAGACGUAGUUCUGAGAACAUUGCUUUACGAGCGAGGAAGAGAGAACGUGGAACCCUACGGGAUAGCAGUAGCAGAGUUCACAAACCGGAUAUCAGAGCUGAGAAACAAAUUGGGACGCCGUGGAUUGAAAGAUGAAGGACUCAAAGUGAAUCCAGCAGUAGGUGCUGAAGGGAAAAUACGAGGAAGUAUAUUAGCAGGAGAUAAAUACUCGCUUUCCUAUGACAGAAUGCCAGAGGAAAUACUGCGAAUAGUGUACGUAAGUGGAAAUGAGAAUAAACCAGGUGGAUUUUACCCAAAAGGAGCAGACGGCCAAAUAGCAAAAUCCUAUCUUGGACUUGGAGGGAAUUAA